GCAAGGGUGGGAUCAGCAAGUAUGUUGUUCUAAUAGAGCCCAGUAUUGAAAUCGUUUGUCUUGUUACAUAAUAUAUUAUCAAUAAAUAAAUGCAAGUGUUGGAUUUUCUGUUGGAAGUCUUUAAUCACCACAGACUCUUCGUGACCCCCCGACCCCUUUUGCCAGGGUGUGUGUGGCCAUGGCAACCAGUCCGGCUGUGGGGGAGAGCCAGCUCCAGAGGAUUAUCCGAGAUCUGCACGAUGCUGUGGCUGAGCUUGCUAAAGAGUACAAAGAGUCUGGAGAACCCAUCACGGAUGACAGCUCAAACCUACACAAGUUCUCCUACAAGCUAGAAUACCUGCUCCAGUUUGACCAGAAGGAGAAGACUACCCUGCUGGGCAAUAGGAAAGACUACUGGGACUACUUUAGUGACUGCUUAGCCAAGGUGAAAGGAGCCAACGAUGGGAUUCGCUUUGUCAAGUCCAUCCCAGAGUUGAAAACAUCUCUGGGGAAGGGUCGAGCUUUCCUGCGCUACUCUCUGGUGCACCAGCGCUUAGCUGACACACUACAGCAGUGCCUCAUGAACCAGAGGGCCACUAGUGACUGGUACUACUCCCGCAGUCCCUUCCUGAAGCCCCACCUGAGUGUUGACAUCAUCAAUCAUUUGUACGAGCUGAACGAUGUGCAAUUCGAUGUGGCGUCUCGGGGUCAUGACCUUGACUCAGCCUGGCCCACUUUUGCCAGGAGGACUCUGGGUAUGACCAACUCCCCUAGUCACAUGUGGAAACCACCCAGUCGCAGUUCCAGCAUCAACAGCCUGGCAAGCUCCUAUUCACAGGCCCAUGAGUUCCUGGGCAGCCCCGACCUGGAUCGCAGCGGCUUGGGUCUCGGCCUCCCCUGCGACACUUCCGGCCUGGCGGACGACUCGUCGUCCAUGCUGGGCGCGGUGGACGAGCUUCGCCUGGAGCUGGACCAGUCGGAGCUGCGUGAGAAGGAGCUCCUGGGCCGCGUGGGCGAACUGGGCAGCGAGGCCUCGGAGCUGCGCGCCGUGGUCAUGGAGCUCCAGCGGCAGCUGGACGCCUCGCUGGACGCCCAGACGCGGCAAGCGGAGCGGGAGCGGGCGGUCGCCGGCCAGGCAGAGUCCCUCAGUGCGGCGCUGGUCGCCCGGCAGGAGCAGCUAGAGGCGGCCGAGCGGCGCGGGCGCGAGCUGGUGGAGCAGCUGGACGCGACGCUGCAGGACAAGGGCGAGCGGGCGGCCGGGCACCUGGACUCCGCCCAGAAGAUCCACCAGCUGCUGGACGAGCUCAAGGAGGAGCAGCAGGCGCGCUCUAAAGCCCUGGAGGAGGCCGCCGAGAGCCAGAGGAGGGCCGAGCAGCUCGGCCAAGAGCUGGACGCCAGCCGGGAGGCGCUGACCAGGGCGGAGGGGAAGGGCAAGGAGGCGCAGGAGGAGAGCGAGCGACUGAAGGAGGAGGUGGCCGCGCUGACCGAGCGGUUGGAGGCUGGCCGCUGCGGCGCGCAGGAGGCGAGCGAGGGGCUCCGGCACGAGGCGGGCGAGCUGCGGGAGCGUCUGGCGGCGGCCGAGGCCGCGCGGGACGCGCUGCGGGCGAGCGCGGCCGAGCUGGAGGCCGGCGCCAAGGAGCAGGCGCGCCGCGCCGAGGACUACCGCGCCCAGUGCACCAGCCUGAUGGGGCUCAACGAGGGGCUGCUGGAGACCGUGCGGCGCUCGGAGGAGAGCCAGAGGGACCUGGCCGAGACGCGCGCCACCCUGGAGGCAGAGGCGGCCACCCUGCGUGCCAGGAUGGCCGACGCUGCCGCCGCUGCCGAGGAGAGAGAGAGCCGUCUGCGUGAGGAGGCCAAAACCCUGGAGGAGCGUCUGCAGAGAGUGACUGCGCAGGCAGAGGCAUCAGAGGGUCGCGUGCGUCGCCUGGAGGGGGAGAACGCGGCGCUGCAGGCGGGUAGCGAGGAGGCGCAGCGCCGGGGGCUGGAGGAGGCGCAGCGGGAGCGUCGGGAGGCGCAGGCCCACGCGGGGCUUCUGGAGCAGCAGCUGGGAGCGCGUGGCGAGGAGCUGGGCCGCCUGCAGGGGGAGCUGAGGAGCGCGACGCGCGACGCCGACGAGGCCCGGGCCCGGCUGCAAGCGGCCGAGGAGGCGAAGCAGGAGCUGGCGGCCCGCGCCGGGAAGCUCACGGAGGAGGCGGAGCGCCUGAACCGCGCUCACGUGGCCGAGCUCCAGGAGCGCGGGGAGCGCGAGGAGGCGCUGGGCCGGGGGCUGGAGGAGGCGCGCGGGGAGGCGCGGGAGCUCAAGGCCCAGCUGGAGCGCCUGGCGAUGGAGCGGGAGGAGGCGCGCGAGAGCCUGCACCGCGCCAACACCGAGACGGCCGAGCUGGGCAUCACCCUGUGCCGGUUGACCGCCGAGCGCGAGGAGGCGUGCCAGCGUAAGGAGGAGACCGAGCAGGAGGCGCGCAGGGAGGCCGAGCGCCUCAACGCCAGCCUGGCUGCCCUCCGGCAGGAGAACGACAGCCUGCGACAGGAACUGCAGCAGGCCGAGAAGCUUCCGGAAACACUGCUGGAGGUGCAGGAGAAGCUGGAGAAGGCCGAGGCUCAGGCUAGGACGCAGCAGGACACUGGUCGUGAGGAGAUGCAGGCGCUCAAGUUCCAGAUGAGCUCCGAGAUCAUGAGCCAGCAGAGCCAGAUCCAGAGUCUGAAAGAGGAGCUGGAGGGGGUGAAGACUCAAAUGAAGACGGAGGAGAAGAGAACAUCCGGCCUGGCAGAAAAAGUCUCAGAGCUGGAGGGAGCUAAUGAGGAGUAUUCUCGGCUGAUUGAUGAGAAGAAUGCUCACAUCACCAAGGCCGAGAGGGAGAUGCGUGAAACUGAGGCGGACAUUCUGAAGCUUCGAGAGAAACUGAACAGUACGGAGCAGGCUCUGGUGGCGGUGCAGGGGGUGCGUGAGGAGCUGAAGCAGCAGCUGGAGCAGUUUCAGGCCGAGGCCCAGAGCCAGCGCCUCAGCAUGGACGCCCAGAUCCAGGAGCUCUCCCUCACCAAGAACCACCUGGAGGAGCGCCUCAUAGAGCUCAUCAAGGAUAAGGACGCGCUGUGGCAGAAGUCGGACGCUCUGGAGUUUGAGCAGAAGAUCCGGGCCGAGGAGCAGUGGUGGCUGGUGGACAAGGAGGCCACUAACUGCCUGGACUGCAAGGGCCAGUUUACCUGGUACCUGCGCCGCCACCACUGCAGGUUGUGCGGCCGCAUCUUCUGCUACUACUGCUGUAAUAACUUUGUGAUGACCAAGCACAGCAGUAAGAAGGAGCGCUGCUGCCGCGAGUGCUACACCCAGAACAGCGCCGUGGUGGAGAGGUUCACGCCGGCCGAGCUCGACACACACCCCUCGCUCCCGCACGACCAGCCACGCCCCCCCUACAAACCCACACCCAGGGUGACAGUGACGGAUCCGGCUGCCAAACAGGAUGAUGCGGUUUACGACAUCAUCACUGAGGAGGAAGUGAACGGCAUUUAUGACGGCGAUUCGCUCUCACACACGACAGCUGGCUCUCUGGAUGGGGAGAGUGAGGGCAGUGCUCCAGCUGACCUGGGUGCUGAGGACAGGAGAACUGGGGACACCACGCCCGAAGAGCAGGACGAGGCUGUGGCCACUGUGCAGGAUGCCGAGAUCAACCUGCUCAAGUCGGGGGAAUUAAGUGAGUCGGUGGGGCUGAGUCUGGAGGAGGUGUGUGACUUCGGGGACGGCUCGCGCGAGCUCCACAUCAAGGCCAGCAGCUACAGCCUGGUGCCAAUCAGCGUCGCCAGCGGCAACCGCGGACCCACCAUCAGCUGGAUCUUCUCCUCCGAGCCCAAGAGCAUCUCCUUUAGUGUGGUCUUCCGGGAGGAUGAGCACACCCCCCUGGAACAGUCAAAGGUUCUGAUUCUCUGACUCGCUGCAACUCACACAAAGAGACCAUCCAGGGACAGUUGAAGGUCCGGAACCCUGGAUCUACAUUCUGGUCUUUGACAACUCAUUUUCAAGGUUCAUCUCAAAGAAGGUGUUGUACCAUCUGACAGUGGAGAAGCCCAUCAUCUACGAUGGUAGUGACUGCCCACAGUGAUGGGCUCCACCUUGACAAGGCGACGGUGGCCGCAGACAGGGCAGACUGGCUUCCUCUUCCUGUCAGGUCUUCCUUUUAGCGCCCAAAGCCUGGAUUGUACUACACCUCUUGUAACACUUAGAAAAAAAAAUCACAAAUUGUUUUGUCUGUCAUAUCUCUGGUUUUUCACUAUUGAGAUAUGACUAACUGAGCAAGUAAUGACUUUUCCAAGUGUUACAUGGUUAAUUAUACAUCACUGUCCCUGGGGUGAUAUGGUCCAGUUGACAUCUUUUGUAAACACAGCUUUGUCAAUCAUAACAGAAAUAGGGACUCAGGGAGGGUAUGGGUGGAUCUUAAAUUCAUUUUUAUUCAUUCUAAUUAUUUUUAACCAACUUUUGUCGGCUUGUGCCAAGUACACUGUGUGUGUGUGUGUGUGUGUGUGUGUGUGUGUGUGUGUGUGUGUGUUUCUGUGUGUGUGCGUCUGUGUGACUAUGUGUUUAUAAUAUGCAUGUGCUUCUGGUAGUCUGGCUUUUAGAUUUGUAGUUAUUUAUCUUUUUCUUUGUUCAUUGUGGUCCUGUGACUUAUAGCCAAACACUGGCAUUGGUCUGUGGGCUGGGCUGCCACACGUGGCUAUUAUAGCUUUCUCAUUAAUGCCAUUUACCGUUCAGCAAUGCCAUUCACCGUUCAGCAAUGCCAUUCACCGCUCAUUUCAUCAACAAAUGCCAGACUUCUCCUCCGCCUACCGCCUAGUUUGUUGCAUAAAUAGUAGGACCAUGUUUUAUGUUUUUUUUUUUUUUUUUUAAAGUAUGUUUAUAUAAACUCCAUGUAUGCAGUUUUUGUUUUUUGCUUUUAGUGAUGAUCACUAGGGUAAAGUAAAUAUCAGGAGCAAUUAUAACCAAGUAACAAGAGCAAUAACCCAUUUCCAGACCUUGUCUGAAGAACAUUCAGACAAAGCUUACCUCAAACCAGUGACUUUGUAUAAUAGAUAGCCAUCAUAGCUGGGACAGCUACCAAACUCAGAGUAUAUUUUUCCUUCUAAAACACAAAUAGCUGCCUAUUCAAGUUGAUGGAAUAUGACAUUAAUCAUGGAGUCUUCUCCUUCUCCUUAUGCACAUAUACCAAGUAUAUAUUUUAUUUACACUAUAGUACGAGUUUUUGUAAACAAUCAUGAAAGAUUGAUGAUGAUCCCCAGAGGCUUUCAUAAACACUUUCAUACAGGCUUUCAGAUCAUCACCUUGCAGGAACUCGAGUGAAAUCCCCACGGUGUUAGGAAACAAAUGAGUUUUUCACAGGAAUGCCUAAACUCAGGGCAGGUGACCACAUCCGUCUGGGGCCAGGCAGGGGUGUGUUUCCCAAAACCAUAGUUGCUAACUAAGUUAACUUCCCAUUAAUUUCCCAUUGCCAACCAACUAAGUUGCUAACAGGUGGUUAGCACUACCGGUACUAUGGUUUUGGGAAACGCACCCCAGGGCGCUUACUCUUCGAUUUUAGAUAAAUCUCCGGCCAGCGGCCUCACUGGAGAGGACCCAGCACAGGGUUCCGUUCUGUGUGUCCUCUGUGUGCUUUUUAGGGUUCUGCGGUAAGACUCCUCGGUGGGUUCAUGGGAUAGAGUGGCUGAUGGGUACGGGUUAACAAGGGAGAACUGGUAACCAGUGUAGUUAAUGGUGACUGCUCUGUGGCUUUGAUUAAGGUCCUGAUAGUGACUGUUCUAUGUGCAGUGGCAAAGUCCCUGUGGGUGAUCAUAUUCAGGUUCAGUGAGUUAUCAUUAGUAUUCUGUGCGUGGUGUUUAGGUUUCUCUAUAUUGAAAUCCAUUGAGAUGUGCACCGUAGUCCAAGGACUGACUUAUUCACUUCGGCCAGACCAUCUCUUUAACUUUAAAUUUCACUUUAGUCCUCCCAAAGAAAUCCAUAGGAGAUUUGGUGCAGAUGCAGAGGUUAUUGUGUGCUCAUGGAAUACUUUUAAAGUACCUCUGCUUUAAAAUACAUGAAGAGAUAGACCAGGCUCUCUCAUCUUCAAUAGGUUUUUGAGAAAAUGUGGCAACUUCAGAGAGACCAAGUCCUCUGUAAAGCGUCCUCUUCAGAAAAGCACUCAGUAAAAGAGCACAGAGUCAUGAGAAACGCUCAAUGUCGGGGCACAGCUCUAUGCAGGAACUGAAUGACAGUUCCAGUUAUGGUUCCAUUUUCAACAGUUCUGCUCUCCUAGAGCAUUUGAGAGCUGCAAAGGAACACUAAAGUAAAACAAGCCGUUCCCAAGUGAUUCUUCUUUUUGCUAAGUGUCUCCAGGUUGGUCUGCGUCAGUCCCUUUAUAUUUAGUGCUCAAAACUAAACAAUAGUUUUGUAAUUUUACCAUGAUCUUGAGUGGCCAAUGGAAUUAGGUAGAGCUAUGCACACCGACAUAUUAUACCAUUUGUGAACCGAAUCUAAUUGUGCCACAUCUGUAUUAUGUUUGUGUCACUCAUAUAGUAAUAUGAAAUCAAGUCAAGGGCUAUAUGCAAUCAGUCACUGCUAUUUUAAUAUUCAGGGGGAAUGUCAUAAUCUUUGUAUUACUAACACAUGCUCUGAGAGCCACGAUCAGUUAAGUGGGUACUGCUUAUACUGAGAUACAGUUCUAUAUUUACAUAAUAAACAUUUUGUAUCUCUUAAAUCUUUUUUGUAAUUGAUAAAAAAAAAAAGAAUGAGGAAAUAAGAACACUAUAUAUUUUCAGCACAGUUUUGCACUUUUGACAACAAACAAAUUUCCUCUUUUAAAAGGUGAUGAAUGAUUUUAUAAGAAGCGCUCACAACUUUUAAGUUGGUAUCGACUUGGCUUUUCAUUGAUUGAAGAAUCUUGUGAAGGUGUGUUCGGUAGUCCUUAACCUCUAGAUGAGAAAUAACCAUGUGUCUGGAAUAUGCACCAUUCUGUUCAUUCAUCUAAUGUGUCUCAGACCCUCUGAGGGAACCAAAGCCUCCAGACACGGGAUUAUAUGUGAACCUCAGGUCCUUUUCUUCUUCUAGAGGUAAUUAAUGACUCUGGACCAUACUUCAACAUUAAAAAGAAUGAAGCCCUGAAUCUUCAAUGAUCUAGAACGAGAAACAGGUUCAGCUGUACGGUCAGCAUCACUAUUGAAUGGUUACUGGUCAAAUGGUGCAUGUAUUUUGUUUUGAGUCAGGUCAAUAAAUUCUGUAAAGA